AGGACAGUCAUGACUACCAUGACCUCAACCACUGGAACUACCACAAUUACUGCUGCAAGGGUCUCGACCACAAUCACAAGUGUCCGGACUUCAAUGACGACGCAGACGACUACCUUUUCAAGUACAACGACUUCAACGAUAGAGUCGACCUUGGAGCUCACGAAGGAGAUCCAACCAGCGACACGACGACUUCAUCUUCUGAUCCUUCGGGCUCCACCCCUAGCCCGGUAGGAGAGGAUGCUUCUCUUCCCACAGCCUCGCCAACUGUCGUCCGUGGUGCUUUCUCGAGCUGCCCCAGCAGCGAAUUCGAAAUCAUCGAGUUCAAUAACGGCGCGGGAGACUAUCAAAUCUUUUGUGGCAAUAUAGAGAACUACGACCUGCUUGGCCGAUCAACCGCGUCAACGUUCUCGCAAUGCCUGGCGCGAUGUGUAACGGACGUGCUGGGAUGCCACGCAAUCACAUGGGUUCCGGGCAACGGCGAUUGCCAGUACAAGAAGAUUAGGGAUCGUAGCCAUUACCAGAGAUCGGCGAACGAUGCCACUGGGGCAUACCCGCGCGGUACCGCUUUUAUCUCUGCUGGCCGAGUGUCACGCAGUUCUAGCGAUUCUUGGCCGCCUCGUCUGGCUUACGCGAAGCGCGACGUAGCAGCACCUGUACUCCCACGCCAGGCUACUCCCGUCAAGCCAGCUUGCCUAGCAGCUACCAAUUCAGCGCAGACUGUCGCUGCUUGCAACUGCGUCAUCCCGGUUUCGACGACUACGGUGACCAGCACGAGCUCGACUGGGGUGACUAGCACGAGAACCAUUAGCUCUACUCGCAAUAUCCUGGCUACUACGACCACUACACCCACUACCACUUUCACGACCGUGCGCACAACUGUCAUGACAAGGGUGAGAUCUAUGACCAAAUGGGACACCAAAACGACUACAAACGUUAUCACGACCACGAACAGCUGGGUCUUGGCUCCGAGUGCCGUUCCAUCGGCCUUCUACAUCGUUGACCAGGAUAUGGCCUUCGCGGAAUGGCCAGCGGACGCCGAUGAGAUCUUCUAUCACGUCCAGUACGACUGGGACCAAUCUGAUGACGAGUACGCUCCUACACUCUUCUCGCUCACUGGUGACAAGCUUUCGGUGGCGGACUUGACAUCCAGUGAUGACGGUGCUGCUGAAGGUUACAGCGUCGUUGGCCAAACAUAUGACGGUCCUGGCAUGCAGAUCAUGGCACUCGCCGACGCUGGUGGCUAUCAAGUCCCGUCUUGCAGGAUUGAGCCGACUGAAGACGGAAAGUGUCCUUUGAUGUGCAACCUCGGAACGAACGACGUCAAUUCGAGAAACAAUGAUGGUUUGUGGACGUUGCUGCCGCAUGGAGAGCAGUCGGAGUUCACGAAUUAUGUGUUGGCUGCUGAUGUUCAGGUUGACGAGGGUGGCGGAGACAAUGGCGGCGGCGACACCGGAGGCGAAGACCCAAGCACACCUGCCCUGAAGGAGUGCUCAAUCCCCGCCAACCCAGGUCCAGGCCCAUUCCACUGCACCUUUGAUCCGUUCGAAAAUUUCGAUACUUACGUGAACAAUUCGGCACCCAUCAUUGAACGAACACUUGACAGCUUGACCGCAUGUCGCGACCUUUGUGACUAUACGACUGGGAUCACAGGAUGUUUUGGUGGUAAUUAUAACUGCCGCACUGGGCUGUGUACGUUGUUUAAGCAUGGGACCCAGAUCGGCACGUACCAUUAUCAGAACAAGGAUUAUAUGUUCAGCAUCUCCAAGAGGACGUGUCAGCCUGGAGACUUUUGA